UAAAAAUCAUGGAGGGGGAGAGAAGCUGGUUUAUUUCUCAUUGGAAGAAUAUUAGAGGGAUAUGGCCAACGGGGUACAGGAAGAAACUGUAAACCAGGCAGAACUGCUUGCUCAGCUUUUUUCUAAAGACAGCAUUGAGUACAAGCUCCUUUUGAGGUACACGAAGAAGAAAACCACAAACCGUGACCCCCCACAGACCAAUGGUGUGGGAGAGAAGGUUCCUUCAUCUACACAACCUCAGGACUGUCAGAAACCAAAGAAACGUAAAAAGCUUAGAUUUUCGAAGAUCAUAAGCUGCAUUCGGCCAGUGAAGGAAGAUGAUGAUGGUUCUGUGACUAAACCCCUUAGGAGGCAGGCAGCUGUAGGUUCAUCAGGUUCAGACCAGGAAGAAGUGGAACAAAUCGUCAACAAAUUGACCAAGAUCACGGAUUGUGUUCACUUUGUACCUUCGGAUAUAGAAGCUGAUAGUGAUGGUGUUGUGGAGAGAAUAGUGGAACUGCUUAGGGAACAAGGAGAUAAACUUAAUGAGGAGAUUGAAAAGAACCACCACCUUAGGAAACAGCUGCAGCAGUCUCUGUCCUACAGUUUCUUUACCAAUGUGGCUCAGACAUUUCUGCAGAGACUGAGUCCAGAGGAGCUUCCUUCUGCACAGAGCCCAAAGGAGGCUGAGAUCGCGCUCACCUUUGAGCUGACCAGCCGCCUAAAUGCCUUGGACUGCUUUCCUAUGAACAGAGUGCUGGGUUUUGGUGUCAAAUACCUGCAGGACUAUUUCAGCCCCUGGGUCGUCCAACAAGGCGGCUAUGAAAAAGUUUUCGGCACAGACAGUGAUGCUGAGGAGGAGGUUCAAUAAGCCAAGAGGAUUUUCUUUCUUUGAGAUUAAAUUAUUCUCAAGGUUCAAAUCACUUGAAUAUGAAAUAUAUUUUUGAAUAUGAAAUAUUUUUGAAUAUGAAACAUGUUUACAUGUGUGUAAAGAUACCAGUGCUGCUAUGAAAUUGCAUGAUAAACUUUUUUUAAUUUGUUUUUGUUAAAUUUGUGUACAUUUUGGGGUGGGGGGAAUAAUGAAUCUUGUAAAUGCUAGAAGAUACUAGAUAAGAAUUGUUAUACACAGAUGUAUCAAGGGUGUCUUUGUAUUGCAUCCACAAGAUUCUGUGCAUGUGAAGUGAUAUUUCAGUAAAAUUUUGUUAUAAAUAGAACAAUCAUCCUUUUUUGUAAAUAGAAAUUUUUUUUUUUUUUUGGGGGGGGGAAAUAGUAAGAAGCUUUAUUAUUCAAAUAAAGCUGUCAGAACUACACCUGAACUUCUAUCCACUGUUUCAUUUAUCUUACAAAAACUGUCACUCAAGUUAUUUUAAGAUUAAAGUGUUGGUAACAA